UCUCUAGGCUGGGCCGAGAUGCCGUCCGAGCGGUAUCGCUGGGAGACCCUGGAGGCGCUGAAGGGCUCCAGCAAGGGGCAGCUGAGCUACUCCCGGGACUGGCUGCUGCGGGGUGAGGAUAUUUUGGAAGGAUGCAGGUCCCCUCCCAAGUUGUCCUCCUACUCUGGCUGGGUGCUGGAUCGAGUGAUCUCCCAAUCUCUACAGGAAACACCUCUCUCCCGAAGUUCAACACCCAGUGAAUCCAUUCCCCCUACAGAUGAUCAGCCGCUCUCCCUUGCAAAGACCACUUCUCCUGCCAGCCAGCUGCGCUCCUCACCACUUUCAUCUGCAGCACCCAGUGAAACAAAGGGCAAUGAAAAUCUUAGUCUGCUGGAGACAGACCAUGAAGUCCAUCUUCUGGUUCUACCAUCUAAAGUUACAGAGGUGGAAGGCUGCAUAUGGAUGUACGAGGAGGUCCAUAGGUUGAAAGGAAAGGAGGGGCUCAGGCAGCGGCAGGAGCAGCAAGAGCAGGUGGUGAGAGCGGUUUCUGAUAUGGCGAGUGAGCAGCUGAAGCGCUUUGAUGAGCUGAAGGAAUUAAAACAGCACCAGGAAUACCAGGACCUGCAGGAAGUGAUGGAGAAGAGCUCCAGGGAGGCCCAGGGUCAGCAGGAGAAGUUGAAAGAGGAACAUCGACACAGAGCAAAGAUUCUAAACCUGAAACUUCGUGAAGCAGAACAGCAGAGGCAGCGUCAGGAGGAGUUGGAGCGUCUGCGCAAGGAAGAAGGCCAGGAAAGGUUGCGUCGCCUCUAUUCCAUCCAGGAAGAGGUGCUGCAGCUUAACCAGCAGAUUGACCCCAACUACAGACAUAAAGACUUGCCAAGGAUAGAUCUCUCAGGGUUCAGUAACCGUGGCAACCAGAUCUGCGGGCUCGUGUCAGGGCUCAUUCGCACCACUAGUGAGAGAGGUUUCCCUACUCAGGUAGAUGUAGCCAACACUGAGCGAGCACUGCAGGAAAUGCGAGGGUUAAUAUCUAGCAUGCAACAAGAAAUUGCCACAGCUUUGGAAGAGAAAAGGAAGCGGGAUGAAGAAGAGGAGAGAGAGAGGCAGAAGGAGUUACAGAAACAAGAGCAGCUGAAGGCCCAGACUCCAGUCCCUGCACAACAUCCGCGGGGAAAAGAGCAGAAGGAAGUAUUAGGACUUCAGGUUAAGGCAGAGGAGAGCACAAUGCAGUGGUACCAGCAAUUGCAGGAUGCCUCUGACCAGUGUGUCGCUUCCUUUAGUGGACUGACUGACUGCAAAGACAAUCAGGUGAAGAAUAUCAGAAUGGAUCUCCAGAAAGCAGCCAGCAUCCCAGUGAGCCAGAUUUCUUCCAUAGCAGGCUCUCAGCUAAGAGAGAUAUUUGACAAAAUCAAUAACCUUCUCUCUGGAAAGUCUGUUCAGUCUGGAGGGAGAACUGUGUCGGUGACUCAACAUCCACAGGGUCUGGAUUUUGUUUAUUACAAACUGGCGGAGAAAUUUGUGAAACAAGGAGAAGAGGAAGUGGCUUCUCACCAUGAGGCAGCUUUCCCAAUUGCUGUGGUGGCUUCAGGAAUCUGGGAAUUGCACCCCAGAGUGGGAGACCUCAUUUUAGCUCACCUGCACAAAAAGUGCCCCUACUCUGUACCAUUUUAUCCUGCGUUCAAGGAGGGGACUCCCAUAGAAGAGUAUCAGAGGAUACUUGGUUAUCAAGUUAAGGAUUCCAAGGUCGAGCAGCAGGAUAAUUUCCUUAAACGGAUGUCUGGAAUGAUCCGUCUUUAUGCUGCUAUCAUUCAACUACGGUGGCCUUAUGGAAACAAACAAGUGAUUCACCCUCAUGGGCUGGGCCAUGGAUGGCGCUGGCUGGCUCAAAUGUUGAACAUGGAGCCUCUCUCUGAUGUGACAGCUACACUUCUUUUUGAUUUCUUAGAGGUGUGUGGCAAUGCGCUCAUGAAACACUACCAGGUCCAGUUCUGGAAGAUGCUGCUACUUAUCAGAGAAGACUAUUUUCACAGGAUUGAAGCAAUCACCAUCUCUGGACAGAUGGGGUCUUUAAUGCGGCUUAAGCAAUUCUUGGAGAAAUGUUUGCAGCGGAAGGAAAUUCCUUUACCAAAGGGUUACCUGCCUUCUUCCUUCUGGAGGUCAUAAGUCGGUUCCUUCCCAUUUUCAUCUUCACAAGAGUUCAGAGAAUUUCCUGACCUUCUUAUUACAUUCAGGAACAAGAAUACAUAGAAAUGUAAAUCUUACAUUUGUAUUUACAUGGAUGCUGUGGAUAUUUUCAACUGAAACAUUUUUACCCAUCUUUGAUCCUAUUUUAUGUUGAACAGAAUUUGGAGCUUCAGUAGCUAAUUUAUCUCAUGUAACUUAUUUUGCAAAUUAUUUUAAGCCAUCUGUUUGCAUUUGAUUAGCUUUACGGACUCUAUUGUGCAGUGUAUUAUGGAAUAUGAGAGGCUCCUUCACAUCUUGAACAAGUACAGUGAAUAAGUGUCAAGUGCAUAAACUUGUCUAAAUGCUCCAUUAGACUUCAGGGUUUACUUACAGUAAGCAAUGGCUUUCAGAUGGGAAUUUUGCUCUGAAUUGAUCAAUCUGUCAGUUUUACAUAAAACUGCAAAUAGAAAUACCUCAGUACUUUAGUCAUAUUAAGGUCUAAAUGUAAGAAAUCCUUCUGUAAAACUUUAUUUUUGCAUUUUAUGUGAUUAGGUAUUUUAAAAUUGUUUCAUUGUUAACAGCAUUGGAGCCCAUAGGAAAAUUCAUUUUGUAUCUGGCUGCCUAAAAAUCCAAAGCAGCAAAAGAGGUGGUUAUGUUAACAAAGCUGAUUUGAUGUUGGUCAAAUGUCACUUUGGUCUUAGAGACAGCAUUGAUCUCUUCAUCUUUCCCCAGGGAAGGCCUUAAAAUCACCAGCUCUUUCGUUUUAACUUGGAAAUUCUGAUUUUUCCUACUGACGCAGCAUUCCUUAUUUACCUGGGUUAGACUUGAUUUUACAGCUACAUAGGCAAUAUGAUAGCUGCUGAAGAACAGCUCGCUGCUUUUCGUUUUGGGGAUUUUUUUAAAGGCUUUGCAUGUGUGUAAUAUCUUUACUGUGAGGUUCAUGAAACUAGAAGGAACUGUGCAUCCAUGAUCCGCCACAUGAAAUCUAGCUUAGAAUUGGUCUGACCUCCCCCCCACC